UGGUUUAACGUGUUACACCCGGAAGUGAUGUGAAAUUAUCAGACUUCUCCCUGAAAACAACAUCCGAACCCAGAACCCCGACUGGACGUGUUCCCGCCGAGCAGAACCGGGCCGAGAUGUGGAUCGAACCGGAGGAGGUUCUGUUGGCCGGAGCUCUGUGGGUGUCCGARCGGGCCAACCCGUUCUUCGUCCUGCAGAGGAGGAGGGGGCACGGCCGCGGCGGGGGGCUGUCCGUGACCCUGGUGGUGCCGUGGACCGAGGUGAUCCAGCUGGAGAAGAAUGCCACGCUGCUGUUCCCGGAGAGCGUGUGCGUGAGCACCCGGCACACCAAGCACUACUUCUCCAUGUUCCUCAACAUCAACGACACCUUUAAGCUGAUGGAGCAGCUGGCCAACAUCGCCAUGCGCCAGCUGCUGGACAACGAGGCGUUCGCCGCCGACCGCUCGCUGCCCAAACCCUGCAAGACGCUGAAGAACGUCUCCGCCCUGAAGAGAUGAAGGAGAGGAUGAAGGAGGAGGCGUGGAACAUCCACUUCUCCGAGUACGGCCGAGGAGUCUGCAUGUACAGAACCUCCAGAACCAGAGACCUGGUUCUGAACGGGUUACCGGAGAGCCUGCGAGGGGAGCUGUGGCUGCUGUUCUCCGGUGCUCAGAACCAGCUGGCGUCCCACCCUGGGUACUACGGCGACCUGGUGGAGCAGGCCAUGGGGCUGUGCUCGCUGGCCACGGAUGAGAUCGAGCGCGACCUGCACCGCUCCAUGCCUGAGCACCGGGCCUUCCAGAACGAGACGGGGAUCGCCGCUCUGCGUCGCGUCCUCACCGCCUACGCACACCGAAAUCCGGGGAUCGGGUACUGCCAGGCCAUGAACAUCGUCACCUCCGUCCUGCUGCUCUACUGCACCGAGGAGCAGGCCUUCUGGCUCCUGGUGGCCCUCUGUGAGCGCAUGCUGCCCGACUACUACAACACCAGGGUCGUAGGGGCUCUGGUGGACCAGGGAGUGUUUGAAGACCUGACCCGGGAGUUCCUCCCCCAGCUCUACGACCACAUGCAGGAGCUGGGCGUCAUCUCCACCAUCAGCCUGUCCUGGUUCCUCACCAUCUUCCUGUCCGUGAUGCCGUUCGACAGCGCCGUCCUGCUGGUCGACUGCUUCUUCUACGAGGGGAUCAAAGUCACCUUCCAGGUGGCCCUGACGGUUCUCCACGACAACAUGGAAGCUCUGCUGUCCUGCAGCGACGAGGGCGAGGCCAUGACCAUCCUGGGCAGGUACCUGGACAACGUUGUAAACAAACAGACCGUGUCUCCGCCCAUUCCUCACCCGCACGCCUUGCUGACGAGCGGMGACGACCCUCCACCUGAGAUCGACGUCUUCGACCUCAUCAGGUCGUCCUAUGAGAGGUUUGGCAGCCUGCGCUCUGAGGUCAUCGAGCAGAUGAGGUUCAAGCAGAGGCUGAAGGUCAUCCAUUCCCUGGAGGACACAGCCAAGCGGAGCGUGGUGAGGGCCGUGAUGACGGAGUCGGCCUUCAGCAUCGAGGAACUGGAGGAGCUCUACUGCCUCUUCAAGUUCAAACACAUGACCAGCUGCUACUGGGGCUCCAGCAGCUCUGCGGCGGAGCGCCACGACCCCAGCCUGCCGUACCUGGAGCAGUACCGGAUCGACCCGGUCCAGUUCGCCCAGCUCUUCAUGGCGCUCGCUCCCUGGGUCUGCGGGAGCCACACCCCCAUCCUGUCGUCCCGCCUCUUCAGGCUCCUGGAUCAGAACKGCGAUGGGCUCGUCAAUUUCAAAGAGUUCAUCACCGGGCUCAGUGGGAUGUAUCAUGGAGACAUGAUGGAGAAACUGAAGCUGCUCUACAAGCUCCACCUCCAGCCAGCUCUUUGUCCUCAGGAGGCGGAGUCUGCUUUGGAAGCCACACAGUUCUUCACCGAGGACGAAGCAGGAGAAUCUUCCUUCCUGUCUGAUUUGGACUCUUUACGGCAACAGGAAGUGACAUCAGGUGAAGAGAUGAAGGAUGAAGAGGAGAAGAAAGAGGUGAAGGACUACAGGUACUAUCUGAGGAUGUGGGCGAAAGAGAAGGAGCCCAAAAAAGAAACGAUCAAAGACUUGCCGAGGAUGAACCAGGAGCAGUUCAUUGAGUUCUGUAAGACUCUCUACAACAUGUUCAGCGAGGAGCCAUCGGAGCAGGAGCUCUACCACGCCAUCGCCACCGUCGCCAGCCUGCUGCUGCGCAUCGGAGAGGUCGGCAAGAAGUUCGGCAACGGCGGCAAGAAGCCGGAGACCCAGGCCCCGCCCACUUGCCCGCAGCAGGAGGAGGGGGCGUCGGCCGAGGCGCAGCUGUGCCAGGCCCUCGCCGACGCCCAGCUGGAGCCGCCGGCGCCGCCGCGGACGCCCGACGAGGAAGCCAAAGACGACACGUCGGUGUCGUCGUACUCGGUGGUGAGCGCCAGCUCGCUGCCGUGCGAGGACAUGGCCGACGACGCCGUGCUGAUCGGUGGCGAGCAGAGGCAGGGCAGCACGCUCGACCUCGACUGGUCCAUCACCUUCGAGCAGGUGCUGGCGUCGCUGCUGACGGAGCCGGCGCUCGUCGRGUACUUCGAGAGGAAGACGGACAUUCAGGCCAAGAUGGCCGCCUGUAAGGCGCAGAGGGCCGUCGAGCGCCAGAUAAGCUCCGCCUCCGAACAGGAACUCGCCCAAAAUUCCAUUUGAUCACGUGUUUCUACCUCACCCCUUACAAGUAAUUGAUCGUCCAAUCAUGUGGUCAGCGUGUCUGAUGAUGUCGUUCUGAUAGAGACUCUGAUUGGCUGGUUGGUCCGACACAAUGAAGAAGAUCACUAACCUGUUACAUCAUCCUCAUCAUCACUAAGCAACUUCUUGCAGGGGUUUCACAGUAAAAGCUUCAAAAACAAUUGAUCUGUGGGCUUUUAUUGUGAAACAGAAGCAGGAAUUAUCACAGUAUUUGUUCUUGAUUCUGAGUUCUGACCCAGUUUCUUUGAUUCGAUUGUUGAUCUGUCAACAGGUGGACAGGUAACACACCUGCACCACACCCUCAGUCAGCUGAUUUACAUCCUUUUGUAUUUGAUUUUAAGAACGUAAUGACUGAAAAAAAAAAAAAAACAAGCUCAGUGUUUAUUCAGCCUUUUAUUUUGAAGAACUUUGUUCUGCUUCCUGUUUCUAAUCUGUUUACGCUUGUCAUCACUGUUUAUUUGUCUGCUUUUAAUCCUGUCAUUGAUCAAUUAUUGAUCUGUAGUCUGAWGUUCUAAUAAAAACUGAUCUUACAACAGAAA